AUGACAUCACUCGAGAACCAUCUAGCGUCGGAAGUGAUCAAAGUCAAUAACACUGUGCUUGAAGAGAUACUGAGAAGACAUCGAGAUCUCCGCCACCGCCCGGAGCCAAACCAGAGAUCGGCGGGCUCUCCCUUUCCCCUGGAAUCUGCCGAAGAGCCAGCCCACUUGACGCCAACGCAGGUUGAAGCGAGUUCACUUGAUGAGAAUGCUAUCGAGACUCAAGGAACUGACUUGCAACCCAGUGGUUCAAUACAGGGUGCUGGAACACGGAACAUCGCUAAAAACAGGGCUUGGCCUCCAGAAGUAUUGAAGCGGCUUCCUAUAUGGUUCGAAGACCAAGUAAGGAAGAACCUGUCACAGGAAGAGAUCGCCCAAAAUUUUCACCAAACAUUCAAGCAAAAACGGACUUUCCAUGCUAUUGAGGCAAGAGGAAGAGUCCUUUCCGGAAGCGCAAUAAGAGGACUUCGCGCAAAGAACCUGUGUCUGACACCUCGCUCCUCCCCACCGCUUUCUCAACCCUUUGAAGUGGACUUGACCCAACAAUUGAUCUCGAGGUCGAACAUCGAGGUUCACGCGUUACGUCUAGCCCCAAACUUGCUACCCUACCUGAAUUCUGACGACUGCGAGGAUGGAAGCCUUUACGCCCUUUAUGAUGUUCAACCGGUUGACCCUGAAUCAGAAUCCAGCGGCCCCCAUGCAGUACCUGAAGAGGAUGCUGCAAAUCAAACAUCAAGCUGCCGGUACUCAUCUCAAGGGCAUGAAGUUCCGUCAGGUACAAGUCAAAAUGAAUGGCGAGUUCAAGGAAGCCCUCAGGCUGGAGAACCGCCUAAAACCCAUCCGGUGUUCUCAGAUCUGGUGCCCGAGAGUCAGCCAAGGAAUGAUAAUUCAAUCAAUGUCCUCGCCACAACAUCAGGGACGGUUGAUUCCUACUUUCCGCGAGACUCUCCCUUAGGAUCCCCUCGGACAUCAGAACCUAUCCAAUCUCCUAUUCGGCAUCGCUCUGACGGCGAUGCCACACUUGAAGAGCUGGGCCAAACGCUUAUCCAUGGUACUGAGUCCAGUGCAAUGCACGUGCAACAAACAGACACGCCGCAUGACAACCAACCAUUAGGGAGACUUUCUCCGCAAUUUUCACCACGUGGAACUUCAUUGGCUGGAGGUUCAGCAAAUGAGGGUUCCAAUCAUGAAAGCCACCCAGAGAGCGGACUCGGUGCAUUGACUGUUCCCAGGGCAUUAACGCUCUUCCAAGUUCCGGAACCAAGCUCCACCGAUAAAGCGACUGAGUACCACUCUCAGAACUGCGGAAGGGAUGGGUCAACCACCGAUACCUCUGGAAAUCUGGGUGAAGAGGAAUUGACCAUAAGAUAUCUUCAUGAAAAAUCUCGAGCGCAGGCGGAGAGUUCUCAUCGCUCAUGGAUUGCUUAG